AUGCAGAAACAAAGACUCAGUACCCAGUCCAAGUUAACAGGUGUUUAUUGUGAUUAUUAUUUGCAUUUAUAUCGUCUUUGGGCGCUCGUGACCCUGUUGGAGUCCGGGGGGGACCUCCAGCCCCCUGGGGCCUCUCUGGCCCUCGUGUGCCGCGCCUCUGGAUUCAAUUUUGGGAGUCACUACAUGGCCUGGUUCCGCCAGAGCCCCGGGAAGGCGCUGGAAUUCGUCGCAGGGAUCAACCCCAGUGGUGGUUACACCGAGUACGCGCCGUCGGUGCGGGGCCGGUUCUCGAUCUCCAGGGACAACGGGCAGAGCUCGGUGACGCUGACCAUGAACAGCCUCAAGGACGAGGAUUCCGCCGUUUAUUUCUGUGUCAAAAAUCCUGGUGGUGGUUGGGCUGCUGCUCUCGUCGCCAUCGACCCCAAACCCCAACUGGCAUUGCAACAUUUAUUUCUGUUAUCCUUGGUACAAGGGCUCCGGGCGGCCGUGACCCUGCUGGAGUGCGGGGGGGACCUCCAGCCCCCCGGGGGGUCCCUGACUCUGCUCUGCCGCACAUCUGGAUUUGAUUUUGGGAGUUACACCAUGAGUUGGAUUCGGCAGAGCCCCGGGAAGGCGCUGGAAUACGUUGCAGGGAUCCACAACAAUGGUGGCAGCACCUACUACGCGCCAUCAGUCAAGGGCCGGUUCUCGAUCUCCAGGGACAACGGGCAGAGCUCGGUGACGCUGACCAUGAACAGUCUCAAGGACGAGGAUUCCGCCGUUUAUUUCUGUGCCAAACACGCGCUGGUGGUUCUGCUCAUGCUUAUGGUAUUGAUGGCUUUGGCCCCGUCCCCUUCCCCAGGUCCCCAAAUGUCCCCAAACUCCAACCCUUGA